AUGGGUUUUUUUGAAGAUGUGAUUGGUCAAGUUAUGGACUUGGGAGAUCUUGAAACUAUUCAAGUCUCAGGCAAACCAAGAAUGAAAGUGGAGUUUACCCUUCGCGACAUGAAUGAUGCUCGUGUUCCCUGCUGUCUGUGGGGUAAAUUUGCGGAGAUCCUCUACGAGGGGUGUAGUAUAGACGAAGAAGGGAAGCCCAUUUGUCUAAUAAGGUUUGCAAAGAUCGGGAGAUUUAGAGGUGAACUCCAAAUCACCAAUGCUUUUGAGGCAUCACUGCUCUUGAUUAAUCCUGACAUAGCAGAAACUGCGGCUUUCAAACAAAUGUUUGUUGAUGAGGUUAAAACCCUCGCCAUUUGUGAGGGUCGUGAUGAAACACUUGAUUUGGAAGAGGUGAAAAGUAUCCAAGACAAGCGUGACAAAUGGAUGCUCUUUCCCAAGAGAACCAUCCAUGGACUUCUUGAAUCCACUCAGGUGGAGAAGUGCUUGGUCGAGUGCAAAGUAUGUGCUAUUGACUCGGAUUGGGGCUGGUAUUACUUUGGUUGCUGCACAUGCAACAAAAAGGUGGUGAAAGUGGGAACUUUAGUUAAGACAAUUCAUGGAAAGGAGGUCACUACACAUCUCUGGUGGUGUGAGGUGUGCAAAGAGAAUGUUUCAAGUGUGUCACCAAGGUUGAAGCUCCAUUUGAUUGUUAAGGAUGACACAGGAGAAACAAAACUGAUGUUACUGGACCAAAUUGCCAAGGGAAUGAUCGUCGAAUCGGCUGCGACUCUCUUGAAUGGAUCAUUUGAUGAGCUUGAGGAUCCUACAGAUUUGCCUGACGCCAUUCUUGCUGUUGUUGGAAAGACUUUCACAUUUGGAAUUUCUGUGGAAAAGGAACAUGUUUCGUAUGGAUCUGAAAUCUACAAGGUUGGGAAAAUCUACCGUGAAAGCCAAAUUGUUUUCACUGAGUCAGCCAAUGUUGAGAGUUCUGAGUUUGAUCAAGAUCUAGCUCUUACAAGUGGAGAAGAGAACUCUGUCAAUCUCCUUGACAAUGAAGAACACAUUGAAGGAUUGUCCACACCAUCCACGAAGAGAAAGGGAGCAUGGUCAGACCCACCACGAGAUAUCACUUCGACUUCAAAGAAUCUUCGCUAA